UUAUGUAGUCUCAAAACAAAAGUACCGCUUGAUCAUGCAAAUUCACAGAAUGCAACAUUUCAUUGGAUCGAUGUGUUGGUUGUGUUUGUAAAAUAUGCAAAAUUCAAGAACAGAUUAUCAAAUUCAGAGUCAGUUUUUGAAAUUGAAUUGAUGACACCACAUUUUUCUUUAAUUCAAAGCAGAAACAGCUCUUGAAAAAAACGAAAUUCGACAAUUUGAUAAAUUAAUUAGUGUAACAAACUAAAAUGGUUUGCUCCAUUCUUUUGUCGUUUCUCAUUUUCCCUGCGUCGAUUGCAAUUGCAACACAAAAUAUUUAUUACGCAACCGGAGUUACACUUAUUUGGAUUUGCGUAGUGAUUUGGACGGAAGAGAUUUGUAAACGAUUUAAGCUCCAUUCGAAAUAUUUCUCUGUGUGUGCCCUUUCUGCUGUCAUCAGUUUUUGGAUUUUACUGCAAUAUUCUACGCUUCAACAAAUUCGGGCAGCAAACACGAAAAAGAUUGAACUCUAUUUAUUCAAUGUUAGCAUGUUAGCAGGACUACUUUUCUUCUAUAUGACGCGACGCAAGGCAGCAAAAUAUGCUGAUAUUCGCCGCGAACUCGAAAACUCACCCGAAUACAGCUUACUGAUGACUGAUUCGAAUAAAGACGAAACCGAAAAGAGCAAUACCUCAGAGAACGAUCAAUCUGAUGAUCAAACAGAAAACCCAUUUCCAAAGUGGCACCAGCGCCACACAAGCAUUUGGCUAAACUGUAUCAUCAACGGACAAAACCUGAAAUACUAUUUGCUCGGAAUCAUUUUGACAUCAUUUGGCCUUCUAUCCGGAAUCAAUUUGUCGGUGACAACAAUCUGUCGUAAUAUUGAAAUCUUUCGGAUAUUCAAAGUCAGCAUUCUUGCACCGUACAGUUGCUGUGGCGCUUUCAAUCAUUUUCAAUCAGCUACAAUUUUCCUGGGCUGUUACCUUGCCAGUGCAAUGGCAGUAUGCUGUCUAUUAACGUUUAUCAUGGAACUUUAUUUACUUCUAAAACAUCGUUUCACAUCCAAAUCUUAUUAAGUAUCAAUUUUAACAGCGC